AUGUCGGGCAAUCCGGCUGACUCUCGGCGCCUAGAUGGUUCCGGGCCGUCUGGUAUGAAAUUAGCGACCGGCCACAGGAGGGUGACCCACCAGGCUUCUUGUGAAAACUGGGUUACUGGUGGUAAACAACCCAAAGUACGACAAAAUCAACACAUAAAAAUAGGCACAUGGAAUGUCCGCGGCUUGCUACAACUAGGGAAGCGAGAGACAGUGGAAUCGGAAAUGCAAAGAUGUGGAGUAGAUAUACUGGGCCUGAGUGAAACACAUCUCAAAGAUAAUGGACACUUCAAAACUGGAAACGGAAACAUGAUAUUCCUUGCUGGUAACGGUGAAAGGAGCAACAAUGGAGUUGGAUUUAUUGUUGCAAAGAACCUGAGGGACUGUGUACUAGGUUAUGAGGCGAUUGAUGACAGAAUAAUCAAGAUUAGAAUUGGUGCCCGCCCGCACACCCUGAACAUCGUCCAGGUGUAUGCGCCUACAACCGAGUGUACGGAGGAAGAAAUCUCUGAUUUCUACGCAAAGCUUGAGACAGCCUGCCGUGUGAAACCGAGGAAGGAGACUACCGUCCUGCUGGGCGACUUUAACGCAAAAGUGGGAGAAACUACGCACGAUACACACCUUAACCAAACAGUAGGAAAGCACGGUUUGGGGGUCCGCAAUGAGAGAGGAGAAAUGCUCCUGCAAUUCUGCAUAGGUAACCAAUUCACCAUCAUGAAUACUUGGUUCAAGCAACAUCCACGAAGGCUGUAUACGUGGAUGUCACCAGGAGGUGCAUACCGAAACCAAAAUGACUACGUGUUAAUUGACACCAGACGGCGCUCGUCCAUUACUAAUGCCAAGACACUACCUGGGACGAACUGCGGAAGCGACCAUCAGUUGCUGGUUGCGGAGUUUAAAUCCCGGCUCAAAAUCGUCCAUAAAGCCAGUAAGUGA